AUGUCCACCGCACGACAAACAGGGUGGGCUGGGGCUCCCUCUGUAUCGGUACCCGGCGGUGGCGCCUACUACUUUGCCAAAAAAUCCAUAAACGCCGACCGCGCCCACCGACACGAAGAAGCCCAACGACGUAAAGAGGAAGCCCUCCGAAGAGAAAAUUCCGUAAAAUCACCGUCCUCAAUCGCACCGUCGACGACAAUGCCACAAAAGUCCUCACCCUCAGCCGGCCGCGCGAACUUCUCUCCACAAGCGGAUGACACCGGCAAUCCAAGCCGGGAAGCUGGACAUGACCCUGCUGCGACGCGGCAUGAACCCGAGACGCUGGCGGAGAAGAUUGAUGAAAAAGGAAAAUACGAGGCAGCAGAGGCAUAUACAUCGAGGAAGGGGAAUCGGCUUUGA